AUGGAGGAGAAAGGCGAAGAGUUUUCACUUCCCAAAGACAUUAUUUUCGAGAUAUUGAAGCAACUUCCUGUGGAAACAUUGCUGAGAUUGAGGUGUGUUUCUAAGCUCUGGUGCUCCAUUAUUCACGACCCAGUUUUCAUUAAGUCGCACCACAAGCACUCUCAUACUCGACGUGGUGGGGUCAGAAUCCUCAUUAGUCAUGACAAUUUCGAUAUCUACUCUGUAGAUCCAGAAAUUGGCUCAGACAUCGUUCACCUCCUACAACUGCCGCGUUCUGAAGGCUGGGUACGCUGGGGAAAAUAUAAUUCUAAAGACAAAAUACAGUGUGUCAAUGGCUUAGUUUGUAUCCGAGACCGCAUAUGGAACCCUAGCACAAGGGUCCGCAUAGUCAUCCCACCAUUGAAGAUGAGGGAAAUAAUGAGUGCAGAGAGUCUAAAUUCUUUUCUGGACUCUGAGUUGGAACCGCCAAGUCUCGAAUACAGAUAUUAUCCACAAUACAUCUUGGGGUUUGAUCCUUCUGCCCAGGAGUACAAAAUCCUUAAUAAAUGUCUGAUGGUUAAUAUGAGAGGGGAUGAGUACUGCACACGAGUCCAAUACAAGAUUUUGACUAUCGGCACGAGUUCGUGGCGAGAUAUUGAUUUCUACCCAGAUGAAGGGAGUAGCUGGAGGGCUUUUUUGUAUAAUUUUUGUUGCAUUGCAGGUGUUAUAUAUUCUUUAGAAUGUUGGGUUGAAGAUUAUUUCAUACUGGCUUUUGAGGUGGGAUCCGAGAAGUUUAGAACCAUGUCACUCCCUCAAGGUAUGAAGGUUGAUUCUUCCUAUAAUUUAAUACAAGUCCGUGAAAGUUUGGGUAUUGUAGAUUCUUUGGGGAAGACAUUAUAUAUAUUAGAAGAUUACGAAAACAACCUUUGGUAUAUGCCGGGUUUUUUUCCUGACCAUUUUGAAGAGCCAUAUCGUAUGCUGAUAUCACUAAUUGGUACCAUUCAUACCGGUGAGAUUUUAGUAGUGAGAUCAGGUUUAAAGGAUGGUUAUGUUGACUGGGUUUAUUAUGAUCAGGAAUGUUUUACAAGGAGGACGGUUUAUCCUCUAUCAGGAGAAAGAGAAGGAGAAGAGCGAAACAAGCAUACCUAUGCUGGAAAAACGUCUUCUCCUCAUGUUGUUCGGAAACUCAUUGAAGACUCUAUUCGUAAUCGCCUCCUCUCCAUGAGAUUCAAGGACUCCAGGAGCUCUAGGAAUGUGGCUGCUGAUUGGAGAGUGCCAAGUAUGGUCAUUUGGCAAUAA